GUACCCUCAAGUAUACCAGUGAACCGAAAACCUUCGUCCGUCCGAGCACAUCCGAAAUUCUUGAGAAACAACAGAUCGAUCCGCAUGUCGGAGCCGCAGAAAGUCGACGAAUCAACCCAGCCUGUCGCCGCCGGUGAGAAACCACAACUGUACAAGUGUCUUUUGAAUAAAUAUGCUCAAAAAUUAUGGAAACAACGCCCAGUAUAUCAAACACGGAAUGAAGGACCUGACCAUCUACCAAAGUUCAGGUCUACUGUGUGGGCUGAUGGGGUGAGCUAUACAUCUCCAAACACGUUUAAACAGCGUAAAAUGGCUGAGUUGGAUGCUUCUAGGAUCGCAGUUUUGGCUACAAUGCACAAGUUGAAGAAUGAGGCGUUACGUCUUGUUCGUGAGGAUAAAUCGUUUUGCAAGUCUAUUCUGGUUGAAUAUGCUGCUAGGAUGAAUAUACAGAAACCCACCUACCAGACGAUUCAACUAAAUACGCAAAUUCCUGUUUUUCGCUCUUCUUUGGUUUUCAAUAAUGUUUCUUGUACAGGAGAUGAUAGUAAAAGCAAAAAAGAAGCUGAACAAUCAGUGGCACGUGUUGUUAUUCUAAAAUAUUUAGAUUCUGACUCAGAAAACAUUAUGUCGGAGAUAGUUAACUGUAAGUUCAGAAAUUAUGUUGAAAUGAAGGACAUACCCGGUGCUCAGAAUGGCACCAAUGCGGUAGCACAAAUUAGAGUCGACAACAACACCAAUGCGUUGGUACAAACUGGAGUUGACAACAGCACCAAUGCGGUAGUACAAACUGGAUUUGACAAUUGCAUCAUUUCGAAUGAAGCUAAAGUUGAGGAAGGAACCAAAAUGCUGAACGCAACUGCACUACCAGAGCCUUCCUUGGUACAAGGCACUACCAUCCCUCCAGGGAUCAUUCCUGAAGAAUCAACUCAGGCUAGCACUCCAGCUAUUCCGGUGCCUACAGUUUUGGCACAGGCCCAAUAUGCUGGGACCAACAAUGCAUCUAUUUCCUCCCAAAUAUCAUUACCGUCUUUGGAGGAUCUUGCCCGUAUAAUAGCAACUCAUCUUUCUUCUAAUGUGUUUCGGUUGGCAAAUUCAGAGGCAUCAUCUGGAGUAGUUGCUCCUCCACUUUCUUUGUCGUCUCCUGCUGUAGCACAAACAACGGUCGCAAGUCAAACUUCUGGCAAGAAGCGAAACCGUAAGAACAAGAAAAAUGCCCAAAAGAAAAUGCGAGUCGAGGAUCAGUCAUUGUUGCCGGCCGUAGCUCUGAGCCAAUUUCCUACAUUUUCGACACAAUAAGUGGAUUUUGAAUUCUGUGUUUGUAAGAAUGAUCAAUAAAAUUUGAUUGUUUGUGGAACGUGAUGGUUCGAUGAUUCUUGCAAAUUAUUCUCCGUAUAAUUGAGUACCUUGGCUCAACGAUCGACGUCUGUAGCUUUUUGUCAUAGGCCUUGUUGCAAUGGACCCUUUAUCUUUGAAAAAACUUGCAGGAUUCCACUUAAUAUGCAACUAUGCAAGAUAUUUCUUCAUGCACCAGGUUGUUAGGAUUUUAUUGUUGCUGUUCUAGUAUGCAUGAAAACCAUUUGUAAAGGUACAAUAUAAUUUCAAGACUCCUGUCACCUACUCCUGUUUUAUCUAUAUGUAAAAA